AUGGCGGACAAGCAGUUGAAGAGGGCCUAUCUUGCCUGCUGCUGUGGCUCCGCAGCCUGCUCAUGCUGCUGUAAUUGCUGCCCGAAGAUAAAACAGUCCACAGCAACCCGAUUCAUGUAUACCCUGUUCUUUCUUCUGGUCACUGUCGUUUGUGUCGUCAUGAUGUCCCCCACAGUUGAGGAACAGAUGAAAAAUAUCCCCUUCUACAGUGAAUUGUGUGACAAGUUGAAUGCAGGGAAGAACUGCAAGACCCUGGUUGGUUACUCCGCUGUCUACAAGGUGUGCUUUGGCAUGGCCUGUUUCUUCUUCAUCUUCUCCAUCUUCACCAUAGGCGUCAAUAAAAGUACUGGCUGGAGGGCGGCCAUACAUAACGGGUUCUGGUUCCCAAAAUUUGUUUUGCUUGGGGCCAGUUGCGCCGGAGGAUUCUUCAUUCCACAAGAGGAAACUUUCCUGGAAGUGUGGCGCUAUAUCGGAGCUACCGGUGGCUUCAUUUUCCUGCUGAUCCAGCUCAUGCUGCUGGUGGAGUUUGCCCACAGAUGGAACACAAAUUGGAGCUCAGGAGUGAAGUAUAAUCGCUUAUGGUAUGCGGCGCUAUCUUUGGUGACUCUGGUGCUCUUCAGCAUUGCGGUGGGAGCUGUGGCCUUUAUGGCUAUGUACUACACUCACCCCACGGCAUGUCUGCUCAACAAGGUCUUCCUGGGCAUCAAUGGCAGCCUAUGCCUUCUCGUGUCAAUGCUCGCCAUCUCUCCUGUCAUUCAGAAACUCCAGCCCAAAUCUGCCCUACUCCAGCCAGGAGUUAUCAGUGUUUACGUCAUGUACCUCACCUUCUCAGCCUUCUCCAGCAAACCAAAAGAAAUGGUGGAGAACGACGGCCUGAACACAACCGUUUGUGUUUUCCCUUUCAAUACUGGGAAGGAAAGUGACAAGAAGAUCGUCACCACUCUGGGAGCCAUUAUCAUGUUUGGCUGCAUCCUAUACUCCUGCCUGACGUCGACAAUUAAGCGAAGAUCCGCAGCACUCCGAGUAUACAGGAACAGUGAACCAGAGACUGAAAGAGCCCGUUGCUGCUUCUGCUAUGGGGAUGACACAGAUGACUACGAUGAAGAGAAGACAGGCCCAGGGCAAAAAGUCGUGUAUGAUGAAAGCGAGGCAACAACUUACAGCUACAAGUAUUUCCACUUUGUCUUCUUCCUGGGUUCGCUUUAUGUCAUGAUGACCAUCACCAAUUGGUUCCACUAUGACAACUACAGAAUUGAGAAACUGUUGGACGGUAGCUGGUCCGUGUUCUGGAUCAAGAUCUCCUCCUCAUGGGUCUGUCUCCUGCUUUACUUCGCCACUCUCGUUGCUCCGAUGAUAUGCCCUAAGCGCUUUGAGGCCUAG